AUGGAUAAGAAAUCAUUCGACAUCGUCUUAGACGAAAUCAGGAAGGUAAGUUGGGUUCAGUUAACCAAAGUGGCUAAAUUACUUUUCCACGUAAACGACUUUUUCAGCUGAACGAGAAUAUGGGUUUACAGGACUCAGGAGACUGAAAAUGGCGAUUCUCCUUUAAGCCGAUGAAGCAGCCAUUCAAUUUGCCAUUCACCAGCUUUUCAAGCUUGAUAAUGUUAAAAUACUUUCGGUACUUACCAAAUAAUGUUUCGCUGACCAACUAUCGUCUUUACUGCCGUUACGACCGGUAUGUACUUCCAAAAAAGAUUUAAAAUAAAAAAUAAAAGCCUUAAGGAUUGUUUUUGACCAAGUGCUCAUGAGCCAAAUCCACCUCUUCUGCACCUCCUGCAAUAUUAGUCAUGGAAUUAAAAUACACUAAAUAAAGCCUAUCCUAUCUACAACUAUACAAUCACUGUAAAACGUACCCUAUAUUGUCUACUUACAUGAAAUAUUAUUGUAUUCCAAGAAGCGCGUGUGAAAACAGAUUGGUAUGACGUUCAUACUGUUGUAGGUGAUCAAAUCAACCCUGCUGCUGGAUCAGCCAACCUGUGCUUAAUUAGUGAUUUUAUUUGAGGUACAGAAAAGGAUUUGGCCAUGCACGCUUGGUAAAAACAAUACUUAAAUUCUUUCCAGGCAUUUUUUCCAGUUAUAUGCAUCUUUUUAUUUAGACCUUUUUGGUACAUAGUGACGAUAGAAAUGUGUCAAAUACUUUUAUCAAAAUACUUUAUCAUUAAGCUUGAAAAGCUGGUGAAUGGCAAGUUGACUGGCUUGAAGGAGAAUCGCCAUAUUCAUCACCUCCUAUAAGCCCAGAUUCUGGUUCACUUGUCAGCUAGUUGGCUAUGGAGAGCAUAGCAGACAGUAUCCACACCACUGACUGAUUAUGUACACUAGGAGUCAUUUCCAACUGUUUCUAUUGGUCCUUCUCUCUCUGCAGUGCGUGCUAACAGAUCAGCGGAUCAAGGCGAUAGAGCAGGUGCACGGGUACUUCUCCAGCGAGCAGGUACAGUAGCUAGCAAACAGAAGUUUGAUGAAUGACAGCCAGUCACAGAGAAGGUUCAUGAUUGACAGCCAGUUCACAGAGAAGGUUGAUGUUACGUUCUCCCCUCGGGUGUAGCUCGUCUGAGGAGGAGACGUAAAUGCCCGUGCCUGCGCACACAAUGUAAACUAGAUGGAUGCCGAAAAAAUGUGGGGUGUAACGAACUAAAAUAACCAGACACAACAACCAGAACUCAAUGUUACCCCUCUGGGGUCGUUUAGUAAGGUACUGAACAACAUAAUAUACAACACCCAUAAAGAAACAGUAGUAAAACAAAGACCAAUCAAACAAACCAGGGAUGGUAAGAGAAGGGAAUGUUUGGGAACGGGGUCCAAGUAAUGACAAUAAACAAAAGGUCCCUCAUCUUCUACACACCUAAUCCUUCCUAACACACUCUAAGCCCUAACCCACUUUCCUACCUGUUACCACAAAUACAGGGGUGACACCCGCCCCCGGCUACCUAGUGUGUUUUAAAACAGUGGGUAUCUCGGGUGAUGUACACCAUGGGCAGAACUACCUUCCCUUCCAGGAACCCAGGUAGGGUGGAAUACAUCAGGUGGACAGGCUGGAACACAAACAAAGAUAAAUCAAAACAACCAAAUCCUCAGCCAAACAAAAAGUGUCCCCUCUCUCUCUCUCUCACACGGCAAACAGUUCAUAUACUCUAGUCAAUCAGUCACUUAACCACAGCUGCCAGGACUCCGGACCGAAGCCACGCCCAACAUCGUCAGCCGCAACUCAGCACACCUGUAAUGACCAGAACACACAAACAGAGCAACCACUCUGAACCACACACACACUACAAAGGAAGAUUGGGAGAAAGAAAAACAUGUCACACGUAACAGUUGAUGAUUGACAGCCAGUCACAGAGAAGGUUAAUGAAUGACAGCCGGUCACAGAGAAGGUUAAUGAAUGACAGCCAGUCACAGAGAAGGUUGAUGAAUGACUGCAGUCACAGAGAAGGUUGAUAAAUGACAGCCAGUCACAGUAAAGGUUGAUGAAUGGUCCUCUGUAGCUCAAUUGGUAGAGCAUGGCGCUUGUAACGCCAGGGUAGUGGGUUCGAUCCCCGGGACCACCCAUACGUAAAAAUGUAUGCGCACAUGACUGUAAGUUGCUUUGGAUAAAAGCGUCUGCUAAAUGGCAUAUUUUAUGAAUGACUCCUGAGUGGCGCAGCCGUCUAAGGCACUGCAUCUCAGUGCUUGAGGCGUCACUACAGACCCCCUGGUUCGAUUCCAGGCUGUAUCACAACCGGCCGUGAUUGGGGAGUCCCAUAGGGCGGCGCACAAAUGGCCCAGCGUCGUCCGGGUUUGGCCGGUGUAGGCCGUCAUUGUAAAUAAGAAGAACUUGCCUAGUUAAAUAAAGGUUAAAUAAAAAAUAAAUGACAGCCGGUCACAGAGAAGGAUGAUGAAGGACAGCCAGUCACAGAGAAGGUUGAUGAAGGACAGCCAGUCACAGAGAAGGUUAAUGAAUGAUAGCCAGUCACAGAGAAGGUUAAUGAAUGACAGCCAGUCACAGAGAAGGUUGAUGAAUGACAGCCAGUCACAGAGAAGGUUGAUGAAGGACAGCCGGUCACAGAGAAGGUUGAUGAAGGACAGCCGGUCACAGAGAAGGUUAAUGAAUGACAGCUGGUCACAGGGAAGGUUAAUGAAUGACAGCCAGUCACAGAGAAAGUUAAUGAAUGACAGCCGGUCACAGAGAAGGUUGAUGAAGGACAGCCAGUCACAGAGAAGGUUAAUGAAUGACAGCCGGUCACAGAGAAGGUUGAUCAAGGACAGCCAGUCACAGAGAAGGUUAAUGAAUGACAGCCGGUCACAGAGAAGGUUGAUCAAGGACAGCCAUUCAGAAAGAAGGUUGAUGAAGGACAACCGGUCACAGAGACAUGCUAACCCUCCCCUUCUCCCUCCAGGUAAUUGACAUGCUAACCCCUCCCCUUCUCCCUCCAGGUAAUGGACAUGCUAACCCCUCCCCUUCUUCCUCCAGGUAAUGGACAUGCUGAAGUACUUCUCCUGGGCAGAGCCUCAGAUCAAAGCUGUCAAAGCUCUUCAACAUGUGAGUGACAACAACAACAUUUCUCUAAAUGAAUUAGCCAACUCUGAUAAUGUUUUGUUUAUGACUGUGUAAACGUAAAUAUACAGUGCAUUCGGAAAGUAUUCAGACCCCUUGACUUUUUGCACAUUUUGUUAUGUUAGUCUUAUUCUAAAAUUUAUUAAAUAAAACAUUUUCCUCCUCAAUCUACACACAAUACCACAUAAUUACAAAGCGAAAACAGGUUUUUAGAAAUUUUUGCAAAUGUAUUAAAUAUAUCAAAACUGAAAUACCUUAUUUUCAUAAGAAUUCAGACCCUUUGCUAUGCAACUCGAAAUUGAGCUCCAGUACAUCCUGUUUCUAUUGAUCAUCCUUGAGAUGUUUCUACAACUAGAUUGGAGUCCACCUGUGGUAAAUUCAAUUGAUUGGACAUGAUUUGGAAAGGCACACACCUGUCUAUAUAAGGUCCCACAGUUGACAGUGCAUGUCAGAGCAAAAAGUCGAACGAAUUGUCCGUAGAGUUCCGAGACAGGAUUGUGUCGAGGCACAGAUCUGGGGAAGAGUACCAAAAAAUGUCUGCAGCAUUGAAGUUCCCCAAGAACACAGUGGCCUCCAUCAUUUUUAAAUGGAAGUUUGGAAACACCAAGACUCUUCCUAGAGCUGGCCGCCCGACCAAACUGAGCAAUCGGGGGAGAAGGGCCUUAGUCAGGGAGGUGACCAUGAACCCGAUGGUCACUCUGACAGAGCUCUAGAGUUCCUCUGUGGAGAUGGGAGAACCUUCCAGAAGGACAACCAUCUCUGCAGCAAUCCACCAAUCAGGCCUUUAUGGUAGAGUGGCCAGACGGAAGCCACUCCUCAGUAAAAGGCACAUGACAGUCUGCUUGGAUUUUGCCAAAAGGCACCUAAAGGACUCUCAGACCAUGAGAAACAAGAUUCUCUGGUCUGAUGGAAACAAGAUUGAACUCUUUGGCCUGAAUGCCAAGCGUAAUCUCUGGAGGAAACCUGGCACCAUCCCUACGGUGAAGCAUGGUGAUGGCAGCGUCAUGCUGUGGGGAUGUUUUUCAGCGGCAGGGACUGGGAGACUAGUCAGGAUCAAGGGAAAGAUGAACAGAGCAAAGUACAGAGAGAUCCUUGAUGAAAACCUGCUCCAGAGCGCUCAGGACCUCAGACUGGGGCGAAGGUUCACCUUCCAACAGGACAACGACCUUAAGCACACAGCCAAGACAACGCAGGUGUGGCUUUGGGACAAGUCUCUGAAUGUCCUUGAGUGGCCCAGCCUGAGCCCGGACUUGAACCCGAUCUAACAUCUCUGGAGAGACCUCAAAAUAGCUGUGCAGCGACGCUCCCCAUCCAACCUGACAGAGCUUGAGAGGAUCUGCAGAGAAGAAGGGGAUUAACUCCCCUAAUUCAGGUGUGCCAAGCUUGUAGCGUCAUACCCAAGAAGACUCGAGGUUGUAAUCGUUGCCAAAGGUGCUUCUACAAAGUACUGAGUAAAGGGUCUGAAUACUUACGUAAAUGUGAUUUUUCAGUUGUAUAUUUUUCAUUAAAAAAAAUAAUAAUAGCAAACAUUUGUAUCAUUUGGAUUUGGAUAGAAUUUUGAUUAACCACAUGACAAUGAUUUUGAGAUAUGAAGACGUAAUUAGAAAUUAAAUGAAACUGUUUCACGAAAAUGUGCAUAUGAAAACCGUAACUGGCAGAUCGGUAGAAAUGGUAAGAUAAAUUGGCAUUCUGCGAAAGCCGGCAGGAGCUGGAGGAGAAUAGUUGAGUCAGGUAAAGUUUUAUUAUCUAAAUCUCUGGCACCCUCUUGAGGCAUUUGUCUUAUUUCAUCAAAUCGUAAGCUUAAAGCAUCAGACAAGCUCAAUGCAUAUAGUUGAUUUUAUUAAAACACAUAGGG